AUGACCUCCAACUCCAGCGCCAUGCCCGCUCCAGACUCGCAAAUCGACACAUCCGUCGCACUCACAUACUGGAACUCCUGCGACCCAUCCGUGACGGGUAUGCUCGGCGGCUUCCCCCAAGUCUCUCGCAUCGACCUCCAACAAUCUUCCACCUUCCUCGCAAAACUCCGCCGUGCCUCCAAACUCCACCCUGCAACCGCACCUCUCUCCCGCAUUGUCGACUGCGGCGCUGGAAUCGGUCGUAUCACUCUCGGUCUCCUCUCAAAGGUAUCCGACGUCACAGAUAUCGUAGAGCCAGUCGAGAAAUUCACCAAUCAAGUCUCCGAGGGUGACGACUUCAAAGAGCUUCGGGAUGCAGGAAAGAUUGGAAAGAUCUACAAUGUUGGUCUUGAAGCCUGGGAGCCUGAGCAUACCUACGACGUCAUCUGGAUCCAAUGGUGCUUGGGCCAAUGUACGGAUGCUCAAGUCAAUGCGCUGUUCAAGCGUGUGCAGAAACAUCUUUCACCAGGAGGUUGGAUUGUGCUAAAGGAGAAUCUGUCAAAUCAUCAGUUUGGCGAGGAUGUCUAUGAUGAGACGGAUUCGAGUGUUACGCGGACGGAUGACAAGUUUAGGGAUUUGUUCAAGGAGGCUGGCCUGAAGAUUGUGGCUACUGAGUUGCAGAGAGGCUUCCCCAAGGACCUUUAUCCUGUGAGGAUCUAUGCUGCGCAGCCAGAGGCUUGA